AUGCUCUACGCGGCCUCCCUCCGCAGUGCGUUUGACGCCGCGCGCAGUGGGGCAUCCGCAGCUUUCUCGAACGAUGCGCUGAAGAUCUUGCUAGCGUUCACCUCCGCCUCUGCUCUCGUCGCGUCGACCAUAGACGCAACGCCUGUGUUCCGCAGGAUGCCCGAUGGUGUCAGAGGAGUUCUCAGCAUGGGCAUUCACGCUUCGGGAGGUGACGCCACGGCUUUUGCGUCCAGCCUCGACUGCUUAGUCAACGGCGGCGAGCAACAGAUCGGGCCCCUGAGCGUUGUCGGCCUUGUGUUUGCUCAGGCAGCCAUUGCGAUGCUCCUGGCGAUGACGGCGCAGUUAAUCCAGUGGUUCCGGGCCAAGUACACGCCAGGCAGCCUCAUGGUGUGCUACAUCGUGGCGACCAACCAGUUCGUGCCACUCAUCACCGCAGCGUGCGCCCGCUCGCUCCCGUGCUACCACACACAGGUGCACCCGGACGAUCCCCUUGCGCCUGCUGAGAGCUGGCUUUCACACGAGUCACUGGCAAGUUGCAGCGGCAGGGCGAGGUAUUCGAUGAUCACGGUGCCUCUGGCUUCUGGUGCCAUUGUGGCAGGGCCGCUACUUUGGAUCUUCCUGAUUCGCAAUUCGGUGCACGACCACGCAAUGAAGUUCAUCACAGGGUCCUACACUGAGGGGCGGCAGUCUUGGGAGGCUUUCCGUCUCACCAAGACUACUGUGCUCGCUGUCACCGCGACUCUGGCUCCAACCACAUACAGCCCAUCUUCCAAGUUAGCCAUGGCACUCUUCACGAUGACCGUGUUCCUUGGUGCGCACAUGCGUCUCCGACCGUACAAGUACCAGGAGCUCAACGACGCAGAAGGACUCUCUCUCCUAUUCACUUGCUGCAGCCUGAUAUGCGCCUCCGUCCUCGCGACCGACGCGUGGAGCUCCACGCAGGAGAUGCAGGCGGUGGUCCUCUUCCUGUCCGCCGGCUUCCUCCUCGCAGCCUUCGUGUACCUGGUGAGGUUCUACGCGCGGGCGAAGUACCACGAGCUAUUCUCUGAGGAGGAGGAGGAGGAGGAGGAGGAGGAGGAGGAGGACCACGCGGAGGACGCCAAGGGUGAGACGGCGGACGCCGCGGAGAGAGGAAAGCCGCCGGCGGAGGGCAGCACGCCCUCGGCGGGCGUCGUGGAGGAAGGGGGCGGGCGGCGUUCGAGCGACGACGGGGGCCGGGGCGACGAGCCCCAGGAACCGCCGCCGCAGGCCGAGGUCCCCAAGAGGAGGUCGUAG